AUGGAGAUUACCGAUUUUGUUUUCAAACAGCGAGAGGAGGUCCUCCUGGCCGGGGACUACAAUGCUUACCGGGCGCACACAACCCGCAAGCUUCACAAACUCCGCAAGAAGCUUGGGCAGACCACCCCUAAGGGUCGCAAAUAUACAGCCAAACCCCCCGUCAGCGCAGAGGGGAUCAGCAAUAAUGUGGCAUACGUACAUACGCUUCUUCUCAGCUCCGAGCGUGCUUGGGCACAAGCAAUGCACAUGAAAUCUACGCAUUCUGCAGAUCCAUCGGCAAAGGGAAUCGCAGGCUCGGCUAGGCGCCAUAUCAUCUCUCGCCUAAACAAAGCAUGCAGCUACUCCCAACAACUCGUUCUUCUGCUGGAGGAUCAGUCAGUUUCCGGUGCGACCGAUACUGAUAUCCUCGAAGCUCGCGCUUACCUCGCCUCUCUUUUGGGAGCCUUAUAUCUGGAGAAGCGCAAAUGGGAACAAUGCAUCCAGAGCUAUGCUAUCUCUAAGGUUAUCUACACCAUUCUGGGACAACGGGAGCGGAAGGACGCAUUCCGGGACCUACUCACAGGCACCGUUGAUCCUAGUAUCAGGUACGCAGCGUACCAGAUGAAGCUUCCACGGUCCAAACCUCUAUCGUCUUUGGCGAUCGAGUAUUUUCCUUCAGAUGCGAUCAUCAGAUCAGAAGUCGAGAGGGUAGACCCCAAUUGUCUCAAGGAGGAUGCGGCGGGAACAAGAAAGACCGCAGACGGAGAGAUCCAGCAACUUCCUGAGAAUAUCACUUGGAGGUCACGGACCGUUCCGCUGGAAGACGCCACAAUCUCACAAGCUCUCGCUUCCGCAGCUGCAGCAGAGGUACGCCUGACAUCUUGGCUUGCCGAUGCGGAAGGGAAGUCGGCGUCGUCAAAGGACAAGGCUGCAGCUUAUGACAAUGUGAUCAUUGCCAGCCAGGACGCCGUCGACGCCACUAAGACCGCUAUCGAUGAUCUUCUCAAUGAAGGGGUGGAUCCUAGCGACAAGAGAAUGCAGGGCUUGCAAAUCACGCGCACUGCUGUAAACUAUGCGCUUGUGGCCUGGCGAAUUGGUCGCAACCGAGUCCUUUGUGGUACGAGCGAUGGCAUGCUGCUAGAAUCCGACCGCAGCAAGGGCUCUAGAAACGGAAAAGAGAUUAGCCGUGACGAAUCGACCGGCAAGCGGUUGACACAACUGCGUGAGAAAGCUGUGCUCUAUGACUCCAUCCUGCAAAGCAUUGAGUUCAUCCUUGAACUGCCUGGUGUUGCCGCCGAUUCGACAUUUGUGCAGGAGCUCGAGGCAAAGCGCAGCUAUUUCCGCGCCUUGAGGUGCUUGUCGAUUGCUCGCUCUCACUGCUACCUCGGUAAUUCAAAGAACGCGCUCGCGCUGUUCUCGCAAGCCCUGCAGCUAGUGUCACAGUCUACAGCAUCCAGCCAGUCGACUGCGUCUUCGGAGGGACCUCUCAGACUCGAUAUCUCGCGCAAACAGGUUCAAACUCUUGAGUCUACCUUGCAAGGUUUAGUCGCACAGUACCGUGGCCUCGUCACCUUGGAAAAGCUGGCAGCCGAAGAGCCCCGGGCCGGAGGUGAACGCCCGCUGAUCGAGCGUCUGCAUGAAUACUCUGCCGACAAGGUGGAUUUGAGCAACCUCGUGCCCUACCCACCUCAGAUGCAACCUAUCCCAGUGAAGCCACUCUUCCUAGACGUCGCAUGGAACUACAUUGACUAUCCUCGGGAAGGUGCGGUAGCUCCGGUUGCAGCUCCGGUCCCGGCAGAGGCAGCAGCAGAUGAGAAGAAGGGAGGACGGCGUGGGUGGUUUGGAUUUGGACGGUGA